AGCGGCGGGGGCGGUGCUGGCGAGCGCGGGGCCUGGGGCCGAGGCGGCGCGCGGCGCUGACAGCUAGUUGGUCGCGGCCUCCGGCCCCCUCGGCACCCGGUGCCGACCCCGGCCGGGUCCGGAGCCAUGAGCCCGGGGCUGCUGCUGCUCGGCAGCGCCGUACUGCUCGCCUUCGGCCUCUGCUGCACCUUCGUGCAUCGCGCUCGCAGCCGCUAUGAGCACAUCCCCGGGCCGCCGCGGCCCAGCUUCCUUCUGGGGCAUCUCCCCUACUUUUGGAAAAAAGAUGAAGAUUGUGGCCGUGUGCUCCAAGAUUUGUUUUUGGAUUGGGCUAAGAAGUAUGGCCCUGUUGUGAGAGUCAAUGUCUUUCACAAAACCUCGGUCAUCGUCACGAGUCCUGAGUCAGUCAAGAAGUUCCUGAUGUCCACCAAGUACAACAAGGACUCCAAGAUGUACCGUGCGAUUCAGACUGUGUUUGGGGAGAGACUAUUUGGCCAGGGAUUGGUGUCUGAAUGCGACUAUGGGCGCUGGUACAAGCAGAGAAGAGUCAUGGACUUGGCCUUCAGUCGCAGCUCCUUGGUUAGCCUGAUGGAGACAUUCAAUGAGAAGGCGGAGCAGCUGGUGGAAAUUCUAGAAGCCAAGGCCGAUGGGCAAACACCGGUGUCCAUGCAGGACAUGCUGACAUGUGCCACCAUUGACAUCCUGGCCAAGGCAGCUUUUGGGAUGGAGACCAGCAUGCUCCUGGGCGCCCAGAAACCCCUGUCCCAGGCGGUGAAGGUCAUGCUGGAGGGUAUCAGUGCAUCGCGUAACACCCUGGCGAAGUUCAUGCCAGGGAAGAGGAAGCAACUGCGGGAGAUCCGGGAGAGCAUCCGCCUGCUGCGCCAGGUGGGAAAGGAUUGGGUGCAGCGUCGCCGGGAGGCCCUGAAGAGGGGUGAGGACGUGCCCGCAGACAUCCUCACGCAGAUUCUCAAAGCUGAAGAGGGAGCCCAGGACGACGAGGUCCUGCUGGACAACUUUGUCACCUUCUUCAUAGCGGGCCAUGAGACUUCUGCCAACCAUUUGGCGUUCACAGUGAUGGAGCUGUCUCGUCAGCCGGAGAUCGUGGCAAGGCUGCAGGCUGAGGUGGAUGAGGUGGUCGGCUCCAAGAGGCACCUGGACUGUGAGGAUCUGGGAAGACUGCAGUACCUGUCCCAGGUCCUAAAAGAGUCUCUGAGGCUGUACCCACCAGCAUGGGGCACCUUUCGCCUGCUGGAGGAGGAGACCCUGAUCGAUGGGGUCAGAGUCCCCGGCAACACUCCUCUCCUGUUCAGCACCUAUGUCAUGGGGAGAAUGGACACCUACUUUGAAGACCCGCUGACCUUCAACCCCGACCGUUUCAGCCCUGGAGCGCCCAAGCCUCGAUUCACCUACUUCCCCUUCUCCCUGGGCCACCGCUCCUGCAUCGGGCAACAGUUUGCUCAGAUGGAGGUGAAGGUUGUUAUGGCCAAGCUGCUUCAGAGGCUCGAGUUCCGGCUGGUGCCUGGGCAGCGCUUUGGGCUGCAAGAGCAGGCUACACUCAAGCCACUCGACCCAGUGCUGUGCACCCUGAGGCCCCGGGGCUGGCAGCCUGCACCCCCACCCCCACCCUGCUGAGCCCUGGGUAAGGUCAGACUCCCGGGGCCAGGGCCUCACUGGGCCCCACUGCUGCCCAUGGCCACCCACCGGCACCCCGACCCUUCUUCUGCAACCUUCCAUGAUGGCUCCUGGCGGGCCCUGUACCCUCGCCUGCUUCACACCCUCAGUGCUUCCGUUCAUCUGCUGGCUUUUCGGCCCUUUCCGGUGGGCUCUGCCUGACUCCCAGCCACCACCACCACCGUCUCUCCUGAACCUCUGAAGUUCUGCACUGGCCACACCCUCAAAAGAGACACCCUAACUCUUGCUCACUCCCUAAAAUCUUCAAGUGACACAUCCCCCAGGAAGCCCUCCUUGCUACCCACAGCCGGGCCAGGGUCCCUCCUCUGUGCUCCCUUGUCACUUGUGCCUACCUCUAACACACUGACCACACUGUAUUGUGACUGUCUGCUCAUGUGACCAGCUGCCCUGCCAGGCUGUGAGUGCCAUGGGGCAGGGUCUGUGUGCACAUCGUCUCUGAGGCCCCUGUUGCUAACCAGGGUCUGGAACAGAGUCGAUGCCCAAUAAAUGUGUGUUGACUGCA